AUGACUUCAGAAGAUCUCAUCGUAAAAAGGAAGCCUACAAGGCCAGUGGAAUCCUCCAAGUUGUAUUCCACCGGCGCUUUCUGGGAUAAGGUCAAAUCCAAGGCAUCAGACACCAUGAACUCCGCCGGGUCCUCCCUUUCUGGUUUCGUCUCCACCCCUGUUGAUGACAAUUCCAGCAGUAGCGACGUCGAAGAACCUCACAUGGUCAGGGAGUUUGGUCCGCUUGGUGAAUUGCUACUGCUGCAUAAUAGGAAUCUGCAAUUGUGGGACUGGCUACCAAUCGAUAGAAUGGACCAGAGUACUCCUGGCGGAACGUUGUACUUAAUUGCGAGUCUGGAACUUCCUAGUGAUCCAAUCAUGGUUAAAUUGAUUAGCAGUAACCGCAUCACGAACGUGUACCAAGUUUUGUAUUGCGUGGACCAGGGCUGCAAUGAUUUGCUAUUCACAGUUUACACAAUCGGUAAUGAAGUUGAAUCCCAGGACAUUCUUUCGGGGGUGUUCCCCCAUGAUAGCAAGGUAUACUAUAAAGGUGGCAAAGAGUCCAAUUAUUUCUCAAUCUCAACUGGUAAAGGUAAAACAGUUCUAGUCAACAAGUCGACCUUUGCUGUGGAAUUCGAAUUCAAUGCAAGGGUGAUUAAUAACGUGCCUGUGGUAGAUGUAUGCGGGUCUUGGCUUGCCUACAAUGCUUCUUCGGAUGACUUGAUCUGCAAAGGUGUUGGUGUUCCGUCUGUGGACGGUGAUGUGGAAACACAAGAGAAGUUACUGCCAAAACAAUACAGGGUUCCUAGACCAAGAACGUUACUGCAAAGAGUACUCAGCAACAUGUCCACCACUGCGAUGGACAGCAUUUUCAAAUUGACAGAACUUUCGUCAAAGAAAGUUAAGCAAAUGUUGGAUCCAGAUCAAAGGAAUAAGGUUGAGAAAUCCAACAAUAUCAAAAAUACCAUAACUAAACUUUUAAACACUCUCAAUGGAAUUUCUCAAAGCCAUUACAUCGUUUUAGUGUGUCUGCUCACGAUGGAACCAAAGCUGGUCUUUUUGGUACCUGGGGGCUGUUCACACGUUUCUAUAUCGCCCUAUGAUAUGCUGCUGACAUCCACAACUCUCAGAGGUGAUGAUAUUCUUAUUUGGGAUUUUACAAGAUUGUCCAAUGAGAUAGUAUUGGUUGAUAAAUUGAGAAGAGGGAAUACACCCGGUAUAAUAAGUAGGGUCCUAUGGGGUGGAGCAGCUACUAAGGGUAUAGGAGUUCUCAGCAGAAAUAAUGGGUCAAUUAUCUGGUUUGGAAUACGAUUUGAUGGUUUAGGGAUUGUACACGAUAGGAACACAAGUUGGGUUCUAUCUUGUACCGGGAUGAGGGAUAUGGAAUUUGGUCCUGGGAUCAUUCUAGCUUCCGCAAAGGAUACUAAAUGGAAAGAAGAUUUUUCUAAUUUACAGCGGAAACUUUCCCCAGAUGCUUGCUUAAUGUGCAUUGAUAAGAAACUAAAUCUUCAAAUACUCUCCCUCAGCCACAAGUCUAUAAAUUGGAAGUUCCACCUUCCCCAAAAGAAUUUUUCAAAGCUUUUACCCUUUCAUGAAAAUGAGGAAAUAGACAGACGGAAAGCCCUUUUGGAAGAAACUUCCCAUGUGCCAUCGUUGGAUGAUCCAUUAUCUCAAGCGGAGAUAGAAACUUGCAUUCCUUAUCCAUCACUCCACCAGAAUAGACAUGUUAAACUGAAGGUUCUCCAAAAUCCUAACAUGUCUAUUGAGACCUUUUUAGAUACUCUUCGCCAUGUUGGCUCUUCACUUCAAACCAAUACAGUCACAUUUGGUCGGCCUUCGGGUAAUGCCGUCCUAACAGAAGAAAGUGCGACCUUCUUCAAGGAAGCAAUGUCUCAGGAGAUCGUCGAUCUUUCCAAGUUUGUGAAUGAUUCUAAACUUUCUACUGAUGGUUACAACGACGAAGAUUCAACUUUGGAUGACUUUCAGGUUUUGAACAUAUAA